AUGGCUGAAAAGGGUUACCUGCAACUGAAGGAGCUAGGAUCCAAGCUCGAUACCGUUCCAUCUUCCAAAGACGCUCUCAUCAAGCUCUUAAAGCAAGCAACCACAUGCCUUGCGGAGUUGGAUCAAUCACCUUUGACUACAACACGGGAUUCAAUGAAUCCCUUUUUUAAUGCGAUUGUUAAGCCAGCACUUCUGAAGCACCAAGAUAAAGAUGUCAGACUUCUGGUUGCAACAUGUAUUAGUGAGAUAACUCGGAUCACCGCACCUGAAGCUCCUUAUAAUGAUGAAAUUUUAAAGGAUACCUUCCGAUUGACUGUGAGCACUUUUAGUGGUCUAAGUGAUACUAGUGGUCUAUCAUUUGGACGGAGAGUUGUUAUAUUGGAGACUCUUGCAAAGUAUAGGUCGUGUGUUGUGAUGUUGGACCUUGAAUGUGAUGAUUUGGUCUAUGAAAUAUUCAGUACUUUUGUUGCAGUUGCCAGAGAUGAUCAUCCAGAAAGUGUCCUGUCAUCCAUGCAAACUAUAAUGGUGGUUCUCUUAGAAGAGAGUGAGGAUGUUCGCGAGGAUCUGUUAUCUAUUUUACUCUCUACAUUAGGCCGUGGAAAUAAAGAUGUUACUAUGGCUGCAAGAAGACUUGCCAUGAAUGUCAUAAAGCAAUGCAUGGGAAGACUCGAACCCAGCAUCAAACAACUUUUGCUAUCGUUAAUGUCUGGAGAUAGAAAGCUAGUGAACAAUCACAUUGAAUACCAUGGAAUUAUCUAUGAUCUGUAUUGUUGUGCCCCUCAGAUCCUAUUUGGAGUUCUCCCUUAUGUGACCGGAGAGCUAUUGACUAACCAGUUGGAAACCCGUUUGAAAGCAAUGAACCUGGUUGGCGAUAUGAUUUCUAUUCCCGGAACUUCCAUUCCUGAAGCAUUUCAGCCUAUGUUUUCAGAAUUCUUAAAGAGGUUGUCUGAUAGAGUUGUUGAGGUUCGCAUGUCUGCCCUUGAGCAUGUAAAGAACUGUCUGCUGUUGAAUCCUUUUAGAGCCGAAGCUUCUCAAAUAUUAUCUGCCCUUUGCGAACGGCUGAUGGAUUUUGAUGAAAAUGUUCGAAAGCGUGUUGUGACUGUUAUAUGUGAUGUGGCAUGUCAUGCCCUAAAUGCAAUUCCACUUGAAACGGUGAAACUUGUAGCAGAUCGUCUUCGCGAUAAAUCUCUACUUGUUAAAAAGUAUACUAUGGAGAGGUUGGCUGAAGUGUAUAGAGUUUAUUGUGAGAAAAGCUGUGACAUAGCCAAUCUCAAUGAAUAUUACUGGAUUCCUGGGAAGAUCAUUAGAUGUUUCUAUGACAAAGAUUUCAGAUCUGAUAUAAUUGAAUCUAUUUUAUGUGGAUCCCUAUUUCCAGUUGAGUUUUCAAUUAGUGAUAUUGUUAAACAUUGGGUUGGGAUUUUCUCUGGAUUUGAUAAAGUGGAGGUCAAGGCUCUUGAAAAGAUGUUAGAGCAGAAACAAAGGUUACAGCAAGAGAUGCUUAAGUAUCUGUCUCUGAGGCAUAUGCAUCAGGAAAAAGAUGUUCCUGAGGUCCAAAAAAAGAUUAUUUUCUGUUUCAAAGUAAUGUCGCAUUCGUUUGCUGACCCCAUAAAGGCUGAAGAGAGUUUCCAGAUUCUCGAUCAAUUAAAAGAUGCUAAUAUUUGGAAGAUUUUGGCAAAUCUUGUUGAUCCAAAUACUAGCCUCCAUCAAGCACGCUCCUAUCGGGAUGAUUUGCUUACAAUACUUGGCGUAAAACACCGUCUCUAUGAAUUUCUGAAUACAUUCUCUAUGAAGUGCUCCUACUUGCUUUUCAACAAGGAGCAUGUAGAAGAAACUUUUGUACAAAUAGCAGCUCAAAAAUCUGCAGAGAAUGCUCAGCGUACACAGUCUUGUAUGAAUUUAUUGGUGAUAAUUGCUCGUUUCUGUCCAUUGCUUCUUAAUGGCAGUGAGGAGGAACUGGUGAAUCUACUGAAGGAUAACAAUGAUAUUAUUAAAGUAGGUGCUCUAAAUACUUUAGCUAAGGCCGGUGCUACUAUUCGUAAACAACUUUCAGUAAAGUCAAGUUCGGUAGACCUUAUGUUGGAGACAUUAUGUUUAGAAGGCAGUCGGAGGCAGGCAAAGUAUGCUGUCCAUGCAUUGGCUGCGAUAACAAAGGACGACGGCCUCAAGUCUCUUUCUGUUUUAUACAAGAAACUUGUAGGUAUGCUAGAAGAAAAAACACACCUGCCCGCAGUACUGCAGUCCCUGGGGUGUAUAGCGCAGACUGCAAUGCCCGUGUUUGAAACUAGAGAAAAUGAGAUUAAAGAAUUUAUAAUAAACAAGAUUCUGAAAAGCGACGGUAAUGAUCACACUAGAACUUCUUGGGGUGAUAAAAGCGAUCUUUGUAUGUUGAAGAUAUUUGGUAUUAAAACCUUAGUAAAGAGCUACCUGCCUUUCAAUGAUGCUCAUGUUCGUCUUGAUAUUGAGAGUCUUCUGGAUAUCCUGAGGAAGAUGCUAUCUUAUGGUGAAAUAUCAAAAGACCUACAAUCAAGUCCAGUUGAUAAGGCCCAUUUGAGGCUUGCUUCCGCAAAGGCUGUUAUUCGUUUGUCAAGGGUUUGGGAUCAAAAGAUACCCGUUGAUCUUUUCUACUUAACUUUAAGGGUAUCUGAGAUAAGCUAUCCUCAAGCUAAGAAGUUUUUUUUAAACAAAGUUCAUCAAUAUGUUAAAGACCGCCUUUUGGAUGCCAAAUAUGCAUGUGCUUUCUUGUUCAACAUAUUUGGAUCCAAGCCACAUGAAUUUGCAGAGGCUAAACAGAAUCUGGCAGACAUUGUUCAAAUGCACUACCAGGCGAAGACACGGCAAAUUCCAGUGCAAUCAGAUGCGAGUUCUUUGACCAUUUACCCAGAAUACAUUCUUCCAUACCUCGUUCAUACACUUGCUCAUAACUCAUGUCCCAGUGUCGAGGAGUGCAAGGAUGUUGGAGCAUAUGAUAAUAUAUACCGGCAGUUGCACUUGAUGCUGUCAAUAUUACUUCAACGAGAUGAAGGUGCCAAAUCAGAAGUAACCACCAAGAAAGAGAAAGAAAUUAUAUCUACUAUCGCUUCAAUCUUUAAGAGUAUCAAACUCUCCGAAGAUACGGUUGACACAUCAAAGACAAAGACUAAUCAUGCAAUAUGUGACCUUGGGAUGGCAAUAACUAAACGGUUAGUGCAGAAGGAUGUUGAUCUGCAAGAGUUGUCCCAUUUGGUGUCUCUACCUCCAAUGCUAUACAAAGCAUUUGAGAAGAAGGAAGGAGAUGACACUAUGGUAAGUGAAGUGAAAAGCUGGGUUGUGGACGAUACCGCCUUGGCUCACUUUGAAUCUCUUGAGCUAGAAAUGGUUCAAUCCCAGUCAGCUGAGGAUGAAGCUUCAAAGGAUAAUGAAGAAAUCGAAAUACCUCUGGGAGUGAUGUUGAAGCAAAUAAAAUCUAAGAGAAUUAAUGGCAAAAAGGUGAAAAAGAUUAAGUCUGUGCCAGCUGAAACAGAAAAGGUUGAAAAUGAUUUUUCUAUCUUGAAUACGGCCAGACAAAUCAACUUGGACAACUUGGGAUCACCUACUAAUGUUGAACAAUGUAAUGGUCAUGAACAUUCUUUAAGUAAGAAAACAUCGGAGGAUCCAGAGAAUGCUACAGGUCAAAAAAGAAAAACCGGUGAAACAACACCUGCUCCACUGUCUAAACGUAGUAGGCCUUCCUCUGCUCGUGGUAAACUGAGAUUGUCAACUACUACAGCAUCUCGAAGAGUAUCAGGGGAAAACUCCCCUCCAGCAAAAUUAGUGUUGAAUGCAGAUAUUAACACCGAUACAGAUAGUGACAUGCAGAAAAUAACGCUCAAAGACUUCUUAGUGUCCUCAUUAAAACAAAAGGUUAAGGGCUCUGAAAGCUAUCAUAGUGAUGAGUCGAAUAAACAUGACGAAUAUGACAUGAAGAGUCAUGAUGAUUUGGAACAAAGUGAAAAGACUACAAGUAAUAAUUCCAAGGCAUCCACACGUUUUAGUAAGAAGAAUAAAAGAAAAAGUACUGCAGGAUUGACAAAGUGCACAAUGGAGAAAGGUGAAAUUGAUCCUGAAGAUCUAAUUGGUUGCAGAAUCAAAAUUUGGUGGCCUGCGGACAAGAAAUUUUAUGGAGGAACUAUCAAGUCUCAUGAUUGUUUAAAAAAGAAGCAUGUGAUAUUAUAUGAUGAUGGAGAUGUAGAAAUACUUCGAUUGGACAAGGAGCGCUGGAAGCUUUUGGACAAGGGCCGUAAAUCUACUAAGAAGAUAAAACGGUCAUCACUUGAAACUUUUGGGCGCAAACAUAAUGGUUCACCAAGUAAAAAGAAAAAGAAAAUAGUUAAUGAUAAACAAUCUCCAAGCAAGCCUAUAAAACCUAGAAAAAAAUAUGCAUCAAAAAGUGAUAUCCAUCAAGAGGAGGCCAAAGAGACAUCUGAGUCAUCAAACCAUGAAGAGACCAUGACUUCCGAAGCUGAUGAGAUGUCAGGUGGCUCAGAAGUGGAACUGACAUCAGGGUCCGAUGAAAUCACAACAAAGGGGAAGAAAUCUAACAAGAAAGUGAGAUCAGUUUCCAGAAGAAAGAAGCUCAAGAAAGUCAAGAACUUUCGUAAUAUGGGAGAAUCAGAUGAAGAUAAACAGGACUAUAGUGAGAGGAGUUCUGAAGAUCAAGAGAGUGUCCCACAAUAUGGCUCAGACGAGAGGAAUGCGGAUGAAUCAACUGAAGCUUCGAGGGAAAAUGUUAACGACAAAGAAGAAUCGGAGUCCGAAGAGGAUCAAGAUAACAGCAAUGUGGGUGAUAGUCCUGGAGAAACAAAUAAAUCACAUAUAGAGCCAUCAAGUUCUGAUGACGUCGACAUUGCUGAUAUUUCUGAUGACGCUCCUCUGAGCAAAUGGAAGGGUCAAACAGGGAAGAAAAGUUCAGAAAAGACGCGAUGA